GCGAGCCUCCAUGCUGGUGAUCUUGUUGAACUGCGUCACCCUGGGGAUGUUCCAACCCUGUGAGGACCAUGACUGUGAGUCGAAACGAUGCAAGAUCCUGGAGGACUUUGAUGACUUUAUCUUUGCGUUCUUUGCGGUGGAGAUGGUCAUCAAGAUGGUGGCGCUGGGCAUCUUUGGCAAGAAGUGUUAUCUAGGAGACACCUGGAACAGACUUGACUUCUUUAUCGUACUGGCCGGGAUGCUGGAGUACUCUCUGAACCUGCAGAACGUGAGUUUCUCGGCGGUGAGAACGGUUCGAGUUCUGAGACCCCUCCGAGCCAUCAACAGGGUACCUAGUAUGCGUAUCCUGGUGACCCUCCUCCUGGACACCCUGCCCAUGCUGGGGAACGUCCUGCUACUCUGUUUCUUCGUCUUCUUCAUCUUCGGCAUCGUGGGUGUGCAGCUGUGGGCGGGGCUACUGAGGAACCGCUGCUUCCUGCCUGAGAACUUCUCACUUCCUCUGUCCGUCGAACUAGGCAACUACUACCACACGGAGAACGAUGAUGAGAACCCCUUCAUAUGCUCCAUGCCCAGGGAGAAUGGCAUGCGUCUGUGUUCCUCUGUGCCCAUCCUGUAUGACGAGGGAGGUCUCCAGUGCCAGAUGGACAUGAACUCCUACAACAGCACAGACAACACCACCUGUGUCAACUGGAACCAGUACUAUAGUAACUGCUCUGCUGGACACGUCAACCCCUUCAAAGGGGCCAUCAACUUUGAUAACAUCUGCUACGCCUGGAUCGCCAUCUUUCAGGUGAUCACGCUGGAGGGAUGGGUGGACAUCAUGUACUUUGUGAUGGAUUCUCACUCCUUCUACAACUUCAUCUACUUCAUCCUCCUCAUUAUCAUUGGCUCUUUCUUCAUGAUCAACCUGUGUCUGGUCGUCAUCGCCACCCAGUUCAGUGAGACCAAGCAGAGGGAGAGCCAGCUGAUGAAGGAACAGCGCAUCCGUUUCCUGUCCAAUGCUAGUACCCUGGCCUCCUUCUCCGAGCCGGGCUCCUGCUACGACGAGCUGCUCAAACUCCUGGUCCAUGUCAUCCGCAAGGGGUGCAGGCAGGUGGCCCAUGUCUGCCGGGCCUUGAUGCGCCGUGCUGGGAUGAACAUCGCAGCCUCUCCCCCUGCCCUGGAGAGAGAGAGGGGGAGCCAGAGAAGGAGGAGGAAGGCUUCCAGACAGGGUUCUGUGGUCUCCAGAAAAGGGUCUAUGUCCGUUCAUCACUUGGUUCACCAACAUCACCAUCAUCAUCAUCACUAUCACCUAGUGAACGGGAGUGUGAGAGGGGGACUAGGGGGUAGGGGCGUGGAGGGAGUCGUCGGAGGAGAGGCAGAUGUGGAGACGGGUUCACAUAGCAACAACGGUGGCGCUGGACGUCUCAUGCUGGGUCUUCCUCCAUCGACCUCUGACCUGAACUUGGCGACCCCGGCGUCACCGGCCAAUCCCGCGCUGGGCAGUAUGUGCCACACAGACUGCCACCUGGAGCCCACCACCCCCACUACCCUUGCCCCUACCCCUAGCCCCUUCUCCCUGGCACCCAUCCCCAUGUCCAGAGCUAUGAAGAGGAACUCAGUGCCCUUCGCUGCCCCCAGACCUAAGAACUACCCCACCCUACAGCCCAGGGCACUAAUGGAGUCUAGAAGUGGCAGUGUUACAGCUAGUACCAUCAGUAAUAUAAACCUCAACCUCAAUAUACCACCACUAACCCUGGAGAGGGGACCACAGAGUCUGUUGGACACACACACGCCCACGCCAGCCCAGCUAUUCAGCCGUGACCUGAGCGCCAUCGGAACCCUGGACGCCUCAUUCCCCUUUGACCCUGAGUCAUGCCCCUACUGUGCCAAGGCCCUGGCAGCGGAGUCAGACGGCAUGGACGGAAACGAGAACCCCGGGGACUCAGACAGCGAGGGCGUCUACGAGUUCACCCAGGACCUCCACCACAGGGACCGUAGGGACCGUCAGGACAGCCGUCAGCCAAGGAAGGAGCAGCGAAAGAUGGGUACCAUGGCAGGGAGAGUGGUCCGGGCCUGGAGGCUGGUGUGUGAUACCUUUAGGAAGAUAGUGGACAGCAAGUACUUUGGAAGAGGGAUCAUGAUCGCCAUUCUGAUUAAUACGCUGAGUAUGGGGAUCGAAUACCACGAACAACCUGAUGAGCUGACCAAUGCGUUGGAGAUCAGUAACAUAGUGUUCACCAGUCUGUUUGCCUUGGAGAUGUUACUCAAGGUGUUGGUCUAUGGGCCAUUCGGUUACAUCAAAAAUCCCUACAACAUUUUUGACGGAAUCAUAGUGGUCAUCAGUGUAUGGGAGAUCGUGGGUCAGCAGGGUGGUGGUCUGUCUGUGUUGCGUACCUUCAGGCUGAUGCGUGUGUUGAAGCUGGUGCGCUUCAUGCCUGCACUACAGAGACAGCUGGUGGUGCUGAUGAAGACCAUGGACAACGUGGCCACCUUCUGUAUGCUACUCAUGCUCUUCAUCUUCAUCUUCAGUAUCCUGGGCAUGCAUCUGUUUGGCUGUAAGUUUGGAUCAGAGAGAGAUGGAGACACUCUACCAGACAGGAAGAACUUUGACUCUCUGCUCUGGGCCAUCGUCACCGUGUUUCAGAUCCUAACUCAGGAGGACUGGAACAAGGUGCUGUAUAAUGGUAUGGCUUCCACCACUCCUGUGGCUGCUCUCUACUUCAUCGCCCUCAUGACCUUUGGGAACUACGUCCUCUUCAACCUACUGGUGGCCAUCUUGGUCGAGGGCUUCCAGACUGAGGCUCCCCCUGUCUCUCUACCCUCCACCACCCCUCUGCACGAUGCCACGGCAGUUGAGACUAACCAGGGAGAAGACUCCAAGUCAGUGUCGGAGGCAGAUUUAUCCUCGAGGAGUAUGGAGGACGUGAACGGCAGCAGAAAGGAUGUGUCUGGCUCCCCGAGUGAGACACACACAUGCGUACCAGGGUUUCCGUUAGCUGUAGUCCCUAUAAACGGUCAUGUUGACCUGAAGACCAGUCUGACCCCUCCUCUGAUUACCCAUACUGCUGCCACCCCCAUGCCCGUGCCCAAGCUGCCCGCUGUGGGUGACCCUGCCCUGGGCUACGAGUCCCGACGCGGCAGCAAUGUCUCCAUGGACCUAACCUCUUACGACAAGUCUCCGACCAGUGCCCGUAGCACCUCCCCUUACGCCCCAUGGAGCUCUGCCAGUGGCUGGACCAGCCGUCGAUCAAGCUGGAACAGCUUAGGCCGUGCCCCCUCGCUCAAACGAACAAAGCUUCAGUCUGGCGAACGACGGUCGCUCCUCUCCGGAGAGAGAGGGUCCAGUUCGGAGGAUGAGGAGGGGGGAGGAGGGGGGACAUCGGAGGGGGACGAUGUGUCCCUGUGUCGUACUGACUCCAUGUCCCAGUCCCAGCCCAGACACAGGAGGAUGGAGUCUGUGGAGACCAGGGGGUCCAUAGACCUGGCCCCCGACACACUGCUACAGGUGCCCUACCUGUAUCGCUCAGCCAGUAUGCACAGCUCCAGACCCCCCUCGCUAGGAGGUCUGAGAGCCCAAGAACACAGUGACUGUAAUGGGAAGGGUACUUCGACCCCUGGCGGGGCCCUGGCCCAUACACAGCUCUCCCUGGAGGACAACACAGAGGACGACGCGGCAGAGGAGGAGGUGGUUGUGGGUCCUUUUGCCAGGCUGUUACGCUGGCUGGACAGGAAACAGCCAGAGUGGUGUCGACAGAGAGAUACCUGGUCCCUGUACAUAUUACCCCCAGACUCCAGGUUUCGGAUGGCGUGCAAUAAGAUAAUAACCCACAAGAUGUUUGACCACAUCGUUCUGGUCAUCAUCUUCCUCAACUGCAUCACCAUCGCCAUGGAGAGGCCGAGGAUAGACCCAUACAGCGUGGAGCGCAUCUUCCUCACCUUAUCCAACUACAUCUUCACAGCGAUCUUCGUGGCUGAGAUGACAGUCAAGGUGGCUGCACUGGGCUGGUUAUUAGGUGAUAAGGCCUACCUGAGGAGCAGCUGGAACAUUCUAGAUGGGAUUUUAGUGAUGAUCUCAGCCAUAGAUAUCCUGGUCUCAUUGGUAUCAAACAGCAGCCCUAAGAUACUGGGCAUGCUCAGAGUGCUGCGCUUACUACGGACGCUCAGGCCACUACGUGUGAUCAGCAGGGCCCCAGGUCUGAAGCUGGUAGUGGAGACUCUGAUGUCGUCUCUGAAGCCUAUCGGGAACAUCGUGGUCAUCUGCUGCGCUUUCUUCAUAAUCUUUGGUAUCCUGGGAGUACAGCUCUUCAAGGGGAAGUUCUUUGCGUGUCAGGGAGAUGACGUGAGAAACAUCACCAACAAGUCAGACUGUAUAAUGGCCAACCACAAAUGGGUUCGACAGCAGUACAACUUUGAUAACCUGGCACAGGCUCUGAUGUCUCUCUUCGUGCUGGCCUCUAAGGAUGGUUGGGUGGACAUCAUGUAUGAUGGAUUAGAUGCAGUGGGAGUCGACCAACAGCCACAGCUGAACUACAACCCAUGGAUGCUCCUCUACUUCAUCUCCUUCCUGCUCAUCGUCAGCUUCUUCGUGCUCAACAUGUUCGUGGGUGUGGUGGUGGAGAACUUCCACAAGUGUCGGCGUAGCCAGGAGGCCGAGGAGGCCAAACGCAGGGAGGAGAAGAGACUGAAACGGAUGGAGAAAAAGAGACGGAAUGUGUUGAUGAUUCCGGGGGUGAGUUGGGUCCUCUCUGAAGGCACACUGACAGCUCAGAGUAAGCCUUAUUACUCGGACUACUCCCCCACUCGUCUCCUCAUCCACAAGAUGUGCACCUCCCAGUAUCUGGACCUCUUCAUUACCAUCGUCAUCGCACUCAAUGUCAUCACCAUGGCGAUGGAACACUACCAGCAGCCAAAGGAGUUGGACGAGGCGCUGAAGAUCUGUAACUACAUCUUCACCAUCGUCUUCGUCCUGGAGUCUGUCUUCAAGCUGGUGGCCUUUGGCUUCCGACGUUUCUUCAAGGACAGGUGGAACCAGCUGGACCUGGCCAUAGUGUUGUUGUCUAUCAUGGGUAUCACUCUGGAGGAGAUUGAGGUCAACGCAUCCCUGCCCAUCAACCCUACUAUCAUCAGAAUCAUGAGAGUGCUAAGGAUAGCACGAGUGCUGAAGCUACUGAAGAUGGCAGUGGGGAUGAGAGCGUUGCUGGACACUGUCAUGCAGGCUCUGCCUCAGGUGGGGAAUCUGGGUCUUCUCUUCAUGCUGCUCUUCUUUAUCUUCGCAGCACUGGGAGUAGAACUGUUUGGUGACCUCAUUUGUGAUGAGCUGCACCCAUGUGAGGGCUUGGGGCGCUACGCUACUUUUAAGAACUUUGGCAUGGCUUUCCUGCUGCUGUUCAGAGUUUCUACAGGAGACAACUGGAACGGCAUUAUGAAGGACACCCUGCGAGACUGUCAACAGGAGAAUGCAGGCACCUGUUACAACACGGUGGUCUCUCCUAUCUACUUUGUCUCCUUUGUGCUGACUGCCCAGUUUGUCCUGGUCAACGUGGUCAUAGCCGUCCUCAUGAAGCACCUGGAGGAGAGCAACAAAGAGGCCAAGGAGGAGGCAGAGCUGGAGGCUGAAUUAGAGCUGGAGCUCCAGCAUGGAGGAAGGGGAGGGGGAGGCAGUGGGAGAUCACCCCAGCUAAGCCCUCUGUCCCUGGGCUUGGAGGAGGGACCUGGGGGUUCCCCCUGGAGGUCUCCAGAGUGGGAGAUCCAGAGGAGGGGCAGCGUGAUGGAUUCUCCCCCAGCAGAUAUCACUAGAAGAGACUCCAUACACAUCAGCACUGAUCCCCCGCUAGGCCGGGAGCCACCACUAGAGCGGAGAGCGAUGUUUGACUCGGUCUCCUUGGUGAUCCAGGGUUCGAUGGAGGGAGAGUUGAGUCUGAUGGACAACCUGUCAGGGUCAAUAUGUCACUACUACGCCCUGCCCCCACUACCCAGCAAGCACUGCAGUGACAAGAAGAUCCCUCUAGCGGAGAUGGAAGCUCUCUCUCUGGCCUCCGACAAAUCCUGGUCCCUAGCACUCACCGACGACUCCGCCCCUGAUGAUAUUAACCCCCUCUUACUAACCAGUCUGGAGUCCAACACGGAGUUACUUGAUUCUGAGGAGCCGUUGGAGGACAACCUGCUGAGUGUACGGAAGUCAAUGGUGGGCCGCACCCACUCUCUACCCAAUGACAGCUACAUGUUCCUGCCUCUGGAGCCCUUCGGACCCCCAGGAGCCAGCUUGGCUCCUGGCUUAGCUCCAGUACUGACACAGGCUACAGGGCCACAGCACAUAGAGGCCCUCAACAGGGCCCUGUCAGGCUCCAGUACCUCGGUGCGGUCCCAACCAGAGAAGAGCUCCCAGCAGUUGGCUGUUCCUACAGACUUCUUCAGACCCAUCAGUCCUCACAGCCUCUCAGACUCAGAGAAUACACCCCGACUACCCCCUCCACGGCGCGCACACACACUCAGCCGCACGCUCCGCAGACAGGUGGCAGUAUCUAAUGAUUCCCAGGAGGCCCUGUGUUCUGACGGAGGGGAGGGUGAGGACAGGGUCCUAAAUGUAGCUUCCCUAGCCCUCCCCCUUUCCUCCUCCUCCUCCUCCUCCUCCUCCUCCUCCUCCUCCUCCCAUCUUCACCAGCAGCCUUCUCUCCGGCUGGUCCCUGCCACCCCAGGGGCAUCCCCUCAACGGUCGCGCCCCAGUAGUGUUCACACCCAACACCCCUUCUCAAACCACGACCAGCACCACCUCUCCUCCUCACCCAACUCCCCCUCCUCCUUCUCCUCUUCCCCUCCUCCCUUCCCCUCCGCUCGCCCCUGGAGACAGGAAGAGGCCUCGGCCGACCAGGAAGUGUCGCUCAUCAACCGGGCGGGGCUGGCGGGGAGUGAGGAUGUCAUCGGGGUCGGACUGGGGUCAGAGGUCGGAGGUCUCGAUGGCAGUUACCAAGGUUAUGAGGUUGGUUGUGGUGAGGAGAGCGGGCCAUGCCUGAGGCAGCUGAAGAGGUUCCACAGCGCUGACACCCAGGGGCGGAGCAUUUUAGCACCCCGGCCACGCCCCCUGUCCUGGUUGGACGAUCCUCGGCGCCACUCAGUGGAGGUGUGUUCGUCCGUAGAGUCCAGCCCCCAGCACAGCACCACGUCCACGUCCUCUGGGUUUGUCUCCCGAGCAGACAGCCUCCAGAUCCAGUCCCAGACCACAACACAGACCCUGCCCUCUCCCCGACGCAAGAAGAAAAUGAGCCCCCCGUGUAUCUCCGUAGACCCCCCUGAUGGACUGGAGUCCCAGCCCAGCCUCCACCCUGCCCUGGGGGGUUUGGGGGGGCUAGGGAUGCCCCCUCCCUUAACCAGCCGGGGUACCUCCUGUCUGAGGAGACGGGCUCCCUCCAGUGACUCCAAGGACUCCUUUGACCUCGGGGCAGGGGAGGGGCUGGGCCAGGAGGGAGGGGGGCCCAACCCCAAGCUGUUGACUCUGCCCAGCUUCUCCUUCGAGAAGACAAGCUCUGAGCACUGAACACUCACACACACUGAUGUACACACACACACACACACACACACACACUAACUCACACACACACACACACA